GAUUUGGUAUGACUACUUCAGCGUUCCACAGGCGGCCGAAGCCGUUGCGGAGAGAAAGGCAGCUAUUCACAGCAUCCCGCACUAUGUGGAGAGUUGCCGCUAUUUUGCCAUGCUCUGCCCCCUAGUCAAGCACGCGCAUGAAGGCACCGUCAUGGGAAAACGGUCCUACAUCUCUCGCGGCUGGUGCAGGCUAGAACUGGCAGCCCGUAUACUCAGUGAACGCGAGUCUUCCCAAACGACCAUCGAAGUUCACACUUCCAACCACCAGGUAUGUGCGCCAGUUGGCGAUUGGAUAUUGAAUUCCGUGGGCGAAGGUAGCUUCUCAGUAUCUCAAGACUUACACCAUUCCGCCGCGGUGGUGACGAGCAUGAUCACCCGGAAGCUGAGACAUUACCUGAAAGUAGGUGGAGGAUUCUGA